CUCCCUCCGACUGAGAAGAUGCUGUGGCUGUUGAUCUUGGGAGUGAUCGGCGCGUCUUACAGCGGUACGCAGCUGUUACAGUCCAAGCUGACCACGCUUGUCCAUGUUGUUGCGUCCUUAAUUGCACUGCAUGAUGGUGUGCUGCCCAGUGGAUGGGGCAUCCGCAGCGUUCAUCAAACGCGCCCGAAGCAAGUGAGUGGAGGCAGUGUCGGACAACGCGUGAGACAGCCACCGCUGUGUCUCUCCCUCUCUCUCUCUCUGUCUGUCUGUCUGUCUGUCUGUGUGUCUGUCUGUCUGUGUGUGUGUGUGUGCAGUUUGGUGGCGAGUCACCCGCUCUCACGUGUGUGCUGCGUGUUCGCCAAUACAUCGUGGCUGGAUGGUGCACUGGCGUACCGAGCAGAGAAAGCCGCGGAGACCGCAUCAACUCUCAUGGUAUGUCGUCUCUCUUGUGCCCGGCUGGCUGCCAUCUGUCCUCAGUGACCACACACACACACACACAUACACACACACAUCAAUCACACCGUAUCCUGCCUGCAUUCCUGCACUGCAGGAGGCGGCCGCCACACAACGGUCUCUCGCCGAGAUCAGAGCGAAAGACACAAAGGAAGUCCACCACGACACCGUCGCGUGAGUGAGCGACAUGACGACACUCUGUCUGUCUCGCUCUCUCGCGAAUGUGUGUCUCUCGAAUGUGUGACUGCAUGCGCAUGACAGGAGAAUCGGCGGCUCGCGCCGCCGCCAUCGCGUCUUCCCCCGCUGUCCACUCCGCAACGAUGAGUGCGUGGGAGGAGGCUUCUUUCGCGUGGGGCGAGACAGCUCAGGUCACUCCGCUAAAGGGAGGCUCCUCUGGCCACCCCAGGCACUAAUCGCAGGGAAAGAGCCCGUCUGUGUCCUUGCAGGCAACUGCACACCUCUUGGACAUGAUCUUCAUGCUCAAGAAGCACCCUUCACUGAACGCCAAGCUGGUCGGUAUAGACAGAGGCAGGCAGGAGGGCAGGCAGACCGACCGACAGACAAAGUGUCCCUGCCGCCACACACACUCGCUGUCCGUAUGCCAGAACAUGGAGAAGUGGGAGGCAUCCGCCAAGCCGGUUAAACAAGCCCUGGAGGCCGCUGAGGCUGCGGGAGACGCCGCAGCGAUGAUACGGUCCGCUGAGACAAUCAAGAACGCACAGAAGGCGGCUGACUCAUUCGAGACGGCCACAGAGGUAUGUCCCUGCACCACCAAACUCUACUGAACCUCGUCGUUUCUUCUUUGUCCACUGUUCCCUUCCCUUGCAGGCGGCAGCAGCGGCCCGUCUGUGGUGUCUCAAGGAGCCCACCGCACCCAUGGUCGACAUUUGGGACUCACCGAUGUCGACCCUCACGGAAUUCACAUCUGUGCCGGGAGGGCAGCCCCAGAUCGCCUGCCAGGAGACCCGUGCUGAGCAAGGGGUGAGUCGCCCUUUCUUGAGUCGAGGAAGGAAGCAAUGAGGACAACCGACAGCCAUCUGUUGAUGAUGUGGAUGUGCGGGUGCGUGUCGGUUGUGUGCAGGUGCGGGAGAAGACGUGCGUCGGUUUGCUCGAGGAACAGUCAGAUGAGAUGCCGACGCCCGACUGGACGGUCAAGUUGUCCCAUCUGGCUGUGCAGAGAUGUGUCCGGCACCUUUCAUGGCCUGAGCAUGAGCAGCCCAGCGACGACAGACAAGGCGACGGAUGCUCAUUUGUUCACGGUGACUCUUAAGACCGACGAUCGCGCUGAAAGCAUUC